AUGACCGAAUCGGCCCAAAGGGGGAUGGCGGAGGAAAGUGUGGAUGUCUCACCUGGCCGCAUGGACCAGCAUGACCGACCAGCACUGACGACUCUCCUUUCUCUCUCCUUUCCCCCAACCGUCUUCGCAAACAACCUGAACACAACCCCUGACUAUCCCGAGCUGGACUUCUCAUAUCAAUCUCAUCCUAUUUGA